AUGUGCAAAUGCAUAUGGGGUAUGGACACGAAAGAAGAAUUUGAUGCGAAAUGGGAUGAAAUCGUCACAAGCAAUGGGCUGAAAGACCAUCCGUGGUUGAGCUUGAUUCAUGCUUUGCGGGAGAAUUGGGUUCCAUCAUAUGUAAAACAUGUGUUUUCGGUUGGGAUGUCAAGUAGUCAACGGGCUGAAAGCUGUCAUGCAUUUUUCAAACAAUAUAUUAAUCGGAAAAACACAUUGAUGGAAUUCAUUGUACGUUUUGAAAGAGCUCUUGGUUCACAGAGGCGCAAGGAGUUAAUGGCUGAUCAUGUUGAUACCAAUGAAAAACCUCCACUGCCAUUUCGAACACCAAUGCAACAUCAAAUGGCACGCAUUUACACUUGGGAAAUUCUUGAAAUGUUUGAGAGGGAAGACUUUCGAAGCCUUUUAUGCUUGUUCGAACUUGUAGAGCAAGAUGAGACCCAGUGCAUGUACAAAGUAAGUGAGUGGGUAAAUCCGGGGGUGACACGGAUGAAGGAGCUUGUGCAUGAUAAAGAUGCCGAUAAAGCUUAUUGCAGCUGCAAAGAAUUUGAAUUUUGGGGUUUUGAGUUGCUGGAAAAUUCAUUUGACGACAUUCGUGGGAAGCUUACAAGGUUGUUGUCAUCAAGAGCUCGUGUUGAAGAAGAACCCAAUGGAGAGGUCGGAACUAGUUCUUCCCAAGUCAGAAUGAAGGAUCCCCAUCGAGUAAAAGCAAAAGGGUGUGCGAGAAGAGUGAAAGGACAAAAAGAGAAGGCAGCGGAAGGACAUAAACGGCGGUGCAGUAAACGUAGGAAGACUGAUCAUGAUAGACGGAGUUGUCCAAAACUUGUGAGCGGCUCUUCAUCUUCCGACGCAGAAGUUGGUGCUGCAGUUGAUGAGAAUUUGCAGCCUAGUCAGAGCACGCAGGACAGGGAACCUACUAUGACAGAGUCAUUUCUGCAAGAGUUUGAUUUCCUUUACGGUUCCGGAGUUUGA